CGGCGCUGCGGCGCGUCGGGCUUUGUCAGUCCCCAUCAGCCUCCGCCGCCGCCGCCCCUCUGCCUGAGCUCCGGCGCCACCUCGGGCCGGCGGUCCUCCGCGGCGGGAGGGAGGGAGCGAGGCGGCGGGCGGGCGGGCGGCUGACGGGGGCGGCCGGCGGUCCUGCGAGCGAGGCGGCGGCGGCGUCUCCAUGGGGCCGGCCCGCAGCGGCCGAGCGCGCUAAGUGACUUAACUGUACAGGACUUGUAGUGUUCUUGGUCAAGAUUUCUAUAUUUCGAAAGUUCCUAAAUCCAGAGAUACAGGAAAGCAAAAACAGAGUGGGACCAUUUCAAAGAGACGAAGACUUCCCAAAUAACAUUUCCAGGAUUGCACUGAGGGCAUACACAUUUUCAGCAGAACUUGAAAUUCCUGGAGAUAUUGCUAUUCCAUCUCUGAGUUUUUCCUUUGUUGCAUUUCAGAAGAACAUCAAAUAACCAUGAACAACUUCAGUAAUGAUGAGUUUGAUUGCCAUUUCCUUGAUGAAGGUUUUACUGCCAAGGAUAUUCUGGACCAAAAGAUUAAUGAAGUCUCUUCUUCUGAUGAUAAGGAUGCCUUCUAUGUUGCGGACCUGGGAGACAUUCUAAAGAAACAUCUGAGGUGGUUAAAAACUCUUCCUCGGGUCACCCCCUUUUAUGCUGUCAAAUGCAACGAUAGCAGAACCAUAGUGAAGACCCUUGCUGCUGUAGGGGCAGGAUUUGACUGUGCCAGCAAGACUGAAAUACAAAUGGUGCAGAGUCUUGGGGUGCCUCCUGAGAGAAUUAUCUAUGCAAAUCCUUGUAAACAAGUGUCUCAGAUUAAGUAUGCUGCCAGUAAUGGAGUUCAGAUGAUGACUUUUGAUAGUGAAGUUGAACUGAUGAAAGUUGCCAGAGCACAUCCAAAGGCAAAGUUGGUUUUGCGGAUUGCCACAGAUGAUUCCAAAGCAGUCUGUCGCCUUAGUGUUAAGUUUGGUGCCACACUCAAAACCAGCAGGCUGCUUUUGGAACGGGCGAAAGAACUAAAUAUUGAUGUCAUUGGUGUCAGCUUCCACGUGGGAAGUGGCUGUACUGACCCCGAGACCUUUGUGCAGGCCAUCUCUGAUGCCCGCUAUGUCUUUGACAUGGGGGCUGAGGUUGGCUUCAACAUGUAUCUGCUUGAUAUUGGUGGUGGCUUUCCUGGAUCUGAGGAUGUAAAGCUUAAAUUUGAAGAGAUCACCAGUGUCAUCAACCCAGCAUUGGACAAGUAUUUUCCAUCAGAUUCGGGAGUGAGAAUCAUAGCUGAGCCAGGCAGAUACUAUGUUGCAUCAGCAUUCACACUUGCAGUUAAUAUCAUUGCCAAAAAACUUGUAUUAAAGGAACAGUCAGGCUCUGAUGAUGAAGAUGAGUCCAGUGAGCAGACCUUUAUGUAUUACGUGAAUGAUGGAGUGUAUGGAUCAUUUAAUUGCAUCCUUUAUGAUCAUGCACACGUCAAGCCUCUUCUGCAAAAGAGACCCAAACCAGAUGAGAAGUAUUAUUCAUCCAGUAUAUGGGGACCAACGUGUGAUGGCCUUGAUCGGAUUGUUGAGCGCUGUGACUUGCCUGAGAUGCACGUGGGGGAUUGGAUGCUCUUUGAAAACAUGGGUGCUUAUACUGUUGCUGCUGCUUCUACUUUCAAUGGUUUCCAGAGACCGACUAUUUACUAUGUGAUGUCACGGCCAACGUGGCAACUGAUGCAGCAAAUCCAGAGCCACAACUUCCCGCCAGAAGUGGAGGAGCAGGACAUCAGCGCUCUGCCCGUGUCCUGUGCUUGGGAGAGUGGGAUGAAGCGACACCCAGCAGCCUGUGCUUCUGCUAGUAUUAAUGUGUAGAGACCAUUCUUGUAGCUGUUAACUGCGAGUUUAGCUUGAAUUAAGGGAUUUGGGGGGACCGUUUAACUUAAUUAUUGCUAGUGUUGAAAAAGUCUUUGUAAGUAGGGUUGGCACACAUGCAACAGUAUGAAAGACUAGAAGAGGGGUCACACCUAACUGUGUUCCUAUGGAAACUAUUUGAAUAUUUUUUUUAUAUGGAUUUUUAUUCACUUUUCAAACAUGCUACUACAGCAUGUCCCUCAGCUGCCAAGCAAGCAUUUGUAGCUUGUGCAUUGGCAGAUUGGGCCAAAAGCUUAGUGCUGUGACCUGUUUUAAAAAUAAAGUAUCUUGAAAUAAUUAGGCAUUGGGAAUUUUUUAUAGCGUGUCUAUUCCAAAUGGUUCACCUUGAAUGUGCUUAAUAUGAAUGGGAAUUGACAUUUAUUUCUGUAGGCUGAGAAAAUUCUUCCAGAGACUUGGGCUAAUAUGGUUUUCAAUAUUUUGAAAAUCCAUAGAAAUGCCUUCUUUCUGGUUGACACCUUUUUUGUUUUGAGUACAUGAAUUCCACCUAGUUUGCUGUGAGUUCUCACAAAGAGUAGUGGCAUUUUGUAUGAGACAAAAGCUGUACUGUCUGCUGCUGACAGUGACCUCAGCCCCCCUCAUGCCCAGAGUAGCUGUGAAUUUGGAGUUCUUAGAGCCACUUGUUAACUAGCUGACCCGUCAUGGCCAGCACCCAGGGAAGGUGCAUGAGGCUUCAUGCUUACAGGGACUAAAGGCAUCCCCUGUACACCCUGAUGUUACUCCCAGGCUAAAUUGAUUAUUAAAACAAGGAAUGUGGUACAACA